CAAGCGAACGAGCAAUCCCCAGGGUCUGCGUGCCUCCAAGCACCCGAGCACCAUGAAGCUCCUCCACCACCUCCUCUCAAGUGCAGUCUGCGUGGCCGUCCUAGCUGCGACGACCGUCGCCAACGUCGAAGGCAAAGUGUACGACUCUGACUACGCUACGCCUGCAAAGGGUGAAGGUCACUUCGGGCCCUUCCGAGGCCCCGAGGUGGAGCACAACUUCGACCGGAGCGAGCUCUACCCCGGUCCAGAAGAGAGUGAAGACGACACCCAACUUGUUCCUGCCGCCGGUGGGGAAUAUGAAGACGACCUGCUGCCUCAACGACUCUCUGAUGCAGGUAUCGACAAUGCUGGCCAGGCCACUGAGUUUGAUCAAGAGGCAUUCGAGGACCGAGUACUAGCCCCCGACGUCUUCCUGGAAGAGUUCCCGGCUGAAUAUCUAGUAGCUGUCGAUGCUGAGGAUGGCGGUGCCGCACAACCAGAUCCCUUCGGGCAGGAGCUGCUUGAGUACACCCGCCACCUUCGCAGCCUGGUGGACCCGCCUCGUCCUCAGGAGCCCCUGGCAUUCCCGGCCCUGGCUCUCGACGAUCCCGAGCCUCCAGCGAUUGAGCCGAAGCUCCCAGGAGACAGCGACUCGAAAGCCAACUUGCGCGGGCCCGAGCAAGAUCAGCUAUGAGCCCAGGAACGGGACCAAAUGCGGGAGUCAGCUGACGUGU